UUGAAUUUCAGACGUCAACUUCGCCAAGAAGUCCUGGUGUAAUCAAACAAGAGGGUCAGUCAUGUUGGUCAAGGUUUUAUUGCUCGCAUUGCUCGCGUCCUUGGGUGUCCAGGCGAAGCCCCAGCUGCUGGUCACAUCCCCCGUGAGUUAUGCCACCGCCGGAGUGGGUGGCACUGCCUGGCUGGGACACGCCUCCGCCUAUUAUCCGGCGUAUGCCAGCUAUGGCUAUCCGGCCUACGCGGCGUAUACGUAUGCACCGGUAUAUGGCGCAUACGCCACAUAUCCCUACUAUCCAUAUCUCAGGCGAUGAAGCUGGCACGAGUUUCUCCAAACGGAAAUGGAAAUUUCGCCGAGGACGCAAUAUCGCAUUAAUCACGCUCGGUGUGGUGUGCGUGUGUGUUAGUGUGUGUGUACUUUGAUUUAAGAAAAUUU